AUGGCAAAUAUUAACAACUCUUCAGAAGCAGAGAUAUCAUCAGAUUGGGGUGCAAACAUGCCUGAAUUAACCCUAGUCCAUGAAUCUGGGAUCCGUCAGGACUUCCCUGCUAAGCUUACACGGCAGGUCAUUGUCUGUACCGUCACUGCAGCCUGUGGUGGUUUCAUGUUUGGGUACGAUAUUGGAAUUUCGGGAGGAGUUACAGGAAUGGAUAUGUUUUUGGACAAGUUCUUCCCUGAAGUUUAUGUCAAGAAGCAUCAAGCUAAAUCAAACAACUACUGCAAAUUUAAUAGUCAACUUCUCCAGCUCUUUACUUCUUCCCUCUACCUUGCAGCCAUCGUAGGUUGCGUUAUCGGCUCAAUUUCUUGCAAAAAAUGGGGCCGCAAGCCCACAAUGCAGAUUGCCUCUGUCUUCUUUCUAGUUGGAGCCAUUUUGAAUGCUGCUGCUCUCAACAUUGGCAUGUUGAUAGCUGGAAGACUUUGUCUGGGCGCUGGAAUUGGUUUUGGAAAUCAGGUGAUGAAAUUCAAACAUAUGUAG